AUGGGCGUUCCCCAAGUCGCUACGACCGCUUCACCCGCCGAGCAAGGGCUCGAGCGACCGCGCCGUCCCCACCUGUUGAUCGUCGACGAUUCCAGGGAAGCUAGAGCUGUUGAAGGCGUGUGGCCAGCUGAAAGUUUAGAAGGACCUGCAACUGUCCGUGGUAGCUCUGUAGACUACGCCGCGGCCCUGCUGCUUGCUGCAAUGGCCGCCGUACUUCUAGCUGCUGUGGGCUACCAAUGCGCUGCUACCUGGAGGUGGAUUAUGGGCAGAUCACUUUGGUGUAGGACCCGUCGGGAUUCGGAGGAGAGUAACUGCGACUCCCUCUCUCGCCAAGCUGCCAUCCGCAUCAGUCACUCUCUACCUGACCUCCAGACUGAACCUCUGAAGCAGGAGUACGUCCAGGAGCAUAAGGAUCCUGCUAAGAAGGUUCUCCGUCAGACAACUCUGCCAAUAGUUCCAACGCGUCACCAGACCUUCCAGCGCCAGCUGUCCCAUCGUCUCGACCUGCCUUCGAUCCAGUUCAGCAUUUGCAGCUUGGAGCGAGCUGACUCUUCGAUUGGACUUAUUAAGCCGGAAUUGUACAAGAAUGAGCUGGUUCGCCAGUCGUCUACUGAGAGCGCUGAGCUGGAGUUCUGUGGCAAGCUGCACUUUGCACUCAAAUACGACCAGGAAGUUGAGGCUCUUGUUGUCAAGAUAUUCGAAGCUCGUGAUCUCCCCAUCAAGGACGUGACGGGCAGCAGUGACCCUUACAUCAAGGUCUUCCUACUCCCUGACCGCAAAAAGAAGUUCCAGACCAAGGUUCAUCGCAAGAACUUGAACCCUGUGUUCAAUGAGACCUUCUUGUUCAGCGUUCCAUACGAAGAGCUUCGUCAGCGCUACAUCCAGUUCUCAGUGUAUGACUUUGAUCGGUUCAGCCGACAUGAUCUUAUCGGUCACGUUGUGCUCAAGGGUCUGCUGGAGUCUGCUGACCUUCACCAGGAGAUUGAGUAUACCAUGAAUAUCCUGGCUGCUCCACAGGAGAAGAAAGACCUUGGCGAGCUGAUGCUCUCGCUGUGCUACCUGCCGACUGCGGGCCGACUGACUGUCACCGUCAUCAAGGCUAGAACCUGA